AUGUAUCUCAGCAUCAGAGACUUCCAUGAAGCUUAUUCAAAGAUUGUAUCAAAUUCUAGCACUCAUUCAUCAUGUAGGUUGGUUAUAUUUGUUUCUUGUUUGAAUAUUGACGCGUUAUGCGCUACAAAAAUGCUUGUGAAACUGCUAAGAAAACAAUUGGUACAACAACAAUUAGUCCCAAUUUUUGGAUAUAGCGAGUUACUUGAUCAUUUUCUGAAGCUGGAUGAAAAUAUUUGUGAUGUCAUUCUGGUUGGAUGUGGUGGUAUGAUAGAUUUAGAGAUGUUUUUGCAGAUUGACGCUGAGAGUUACGUUGUUGAGGGAGAGCAUAAAGAUGGAAAGUCGCAGCUGAAGAGAAAUAUAUACGUUUUGGAUUGUCAUAGACCGUGGAAUUUGGACAAUUUAUUUGGAUCAAUGGUGAUAACUUGUUUUGAUGACGGUACAAUUGAAGGCGCGCUGCAGAAGGAACAGGAGGCAUACGCUAAGAUCUUGGAACUAGAGGGUGAGAUUGGAGAAUACAGCUAUUCCGAUUCCGAAUUGGAAUACGAGCAAGAUGAUGCAGAGGUUGAUUCGGAGGAGCAGGAUGAAGAUUACCCUGGAAUGAAAAGAGUAAAUGAUAACGCUAAUAAAGGUAGUAGAAAGCAUAGGAAGAAACAGUUAUGCGCAUACGAAAAAUUGAUAGAAGAAUACUACUCCAGGGGUACAACAGUUAGUAAUUCUUUGGCUGUACAAGUUUACUCCCUUAUAUCGUCUGUGGGUGAGACCAAUUUGGAGUACAUCUGGUUAACUAUUUUGGGUGUGACAUCUUUAGAUACCAUAUACCCACACGUAUACGAACAGCUACAGGGUUUGUUAAAGGAUGAAGUUAGACGCUUAUCUCCUCAUGAUAAGACUAAAACACCAGAUAAAUUAUCAAUUGAUAUUCAACCUGACUAUCUUUUAUUUCUGUUACGCCAUUCGUCUCUCUAUGAUAGUUUUUACUAUUCGAACUAUGUUAAUGCAAAGUUCUCACUAUGGAAAGAAAGCGGAAAAAAGAGACUACAUAAGAUGCUUGCUCGAAUGGGUAUUCCACUAAGCACUGCACAAGAGCAUUGGCUUUACAUGGACAAUGGUAUUAAAAAGCAAUUAGGAGUAAUAUUCGAAAAGAACUUAGAUCGCUACGGGCUGCAAGAUAUUGUCAGGGACGGCUUUGUCCGUACUUUUGGCUAUCGAGGAUCUAUCAGUGCCAGCGAAUUCGUUGAAGCAAUCGUGGGACUUCUAGAAAUGGGAAAAUCAAAAUUUAAUGACCCAUUGAGCGUGCUCAAUGAUCCACCAGAUACGCAGUCAAUUUUACACGGGGAAAGUAUAGAAGCUCUUCUAAUACAGCGACAGAAGCGUUGGAUUAGCAACUUUUGGACUAGCUGGGAUUCUCUUGACGAUGACAUGGGGCUCUUGAAGCUAGGAAUCGAAAAUGCCCAGUUCCUACAGAAAGCUAUUUUUAGUACGGGCGUGGCUGUAUUGGAGAAACGCAUCAUAAAACAUCUAAGAAUCUACAGGCUAUGCGUACUACAAGAUGGCCCUUAUCUCCCUCUUUUUCGAAACCCUUUAACAUUGCUUCGUCUGGGGAACUGGUUGAUCGAGUAUUUUGCAGAAUUUGACGAUAAACAGCUUCUUCCAAUUGUUCUCGCUUCUUUGGAUUCUUCAACUGGCACAUAUCUCGUGGCAGGCCUCGCACCGCGCUAUCCACGCGGCAUGGACGCCCUUCCAGCACACACAGUAAUUCUUAAUAAUUUUAACAUAAGUUUCCAGCAAAUAGCUCAGGAAACUGGGGCCAAGGUAAGGAUUGACAAUUUUGAAAGUUCUAUUAUAGAAAUUACCAAAGAUGAUCUACAACCGUUUUUGGAAAAACUGACACUAAGCGGUUUAAUCUAA